AGAAGGAGAAGCGCGUUCACGCGUUUUGCUUGUAGUGGAGUGUGGAACGUUUAGGCAACGUGAUCUGGUUCUUCGCGGGAAGGUGGGCGCCCUGGUGCUUGGCUAGCCGCGGCGUUGCCGGCCUUUGGGGGCCGCAGAUUUGGUCUUUUUUCACUGAUAUAAGAGCUCGGCGGCGGGCCGCGCAGCGCCCUGACCCGUCCUCACCAUGUUGGUGCUGUUUGAAACGUCCGUCGGCUACGCCAUCUUUAAGGUUUUGAAUGAAAAGAAACUUCAAGAGGUUGAUAGUUUGUGGAAAGAAUUUGAAACUCCAGAGAAAGCAAAUAAAAUAGUAAAGCUGAAACAUUUUGAGAAAUUUCAGGAUACAGCAGAGGCAUUGGCAGCAUUCACAGCUCUGAUGGAGGGCAAAAUCAAUAAGCAGCUGAAGAAAGUUCUGAAGAAAAUAGUUAAAGAAGCCCAUGAACCCCUGGCUGUAGCUGAUGCUAAACUAGGAGGCGUCAUAAAGGAAAAGCUGAAUCUCAGUUGUAUCCAUAGUCCUCUUGUUAAUGAACUUAUGAGAGGAAUCCGUUCACAGAUGGAUGGAUUAAUCCCUGGGGUAGAACCACGUGAAAUGGCAGCCAUGUGUCUUGGGUUGGCACACAGCUUAUCCCGAUACAGAUUGAAAUUUAGUGCUGAUAAAGUGGAUACAAUGAUUGUUCAGGCAAUUUCCCUGUUAGAUGACUUAGAUAAAGAACUAAACAACUACAUUAUGCGGUGUAGAGAAUGGUAUGGCUGGCAUUUCCCUGAAUUAGGAAAAAUUAUUUCGGAUAAUUUGACAUACUGCAAGUGUUUACAGAAAGUUGGCGAUAGGAAGAAUUAUGCCUCGGCCACACUUUCUGAAUUACUGCCAGAAGAGGUUGAAGCAGAAGUGAAAGCAGCUGCAGAGAUAUCUAUGGGAACAGAGGUUUCAGAAGAAGAUAUUUGCAACAUUCUGCAUCUCUGCACUCAGGUGAUUGAAAUCUCCGAAUAUAGAACCCAGCUCUAUGAAUAUCUGCAAAAUAGAAUGAUGGCCAUUGCACCCAACGUUACAGUCAUGGUUGGUGAAUUAGUUGGAGCACGGCUUAUUGCUCAUGCAGGUUCUCUUUUGAAUUUGGCCAAACAUGCAGCUUCUACAGUUCAGAUUCUUGGAGCAGAAAAGGCACUCUUCAGAGCCCUCAAGUCUAGACGAGAUACCCCUAAGUAUGGUCUCAUUUAUCAUGCUUCACUUGUCGGCCAGACAAGUCCCAAACACAAAGGAAAGAUUUCUCGGAUGCUGGCAGCCAAAACUGUUUUGGCCAUCCGGUAUGAUGCUUUUGGUGAAGAUUCCAGUUCUGCGAUGGGAGUUGAGAACAGAGCCAAAUUAGAGGCCAGGUUGAGAACCUUGGAAGAUAGAGGGAUACGGAAAAUAAGUGGAACAGGAAAGGCAUUAGCAAAAGCAGAAAAAUAUGAACAUAAAAGUGAAGUGAAGACUUACGAUCCUUCUGGUGACUCCACACUGCCAACCUGUUCUAAAAAACGCAAGAUUGAACAGGUAGACAAAGAGGAUGAAGUGGUUGAAAAGAAGGCCAAAAAAGCCAAGGUUAAAAUUAAAGUUGAAGAAGAGGAGGAAGUAGUAGAAGUAGAAGAAGAUGUAGUAGAAGUGGUGGAAGAACAGGAGACAUCUGUGAAGAAAAAGAAGAAAAAGGACAAAAAGAAACACAUUAAAGAAGAACCGCUUUCUGAAGAAGAACCAUGCACCAGCACAGCAAUUGCUAGUCCAGAGAAAAAGAAGAAAAAGAAAAAAAAAAGAGUUAAUGAGGACUAAUGGAAGGAACCAUUCUUUCAAAGAUUUCUUAAUUGAAUCACCUGGAUACAUCAUGCUUAAGAUUCAGUCAGAAAUACACCAGAGAUGCUCUCUAAAAUAAUGGGAGGUUGGAUGAAACAAAAUGAUUAAUCAUCAAUAGCAUUUCAUACCUAUUUGUGUCUCAACAUCACAUCAGCUCUGUUAAUUUUAUUAUAUCAUCAUUUCUUA